CGGGCUGGGGCGGACGCGACCCGCGGAGCUAGCGCAGCCGGUGACUCCGGAGGGCCCAGCGCCGCCGCGACCCAGGCCCCCGGCGCCGAGGGGGCGCACAGCCCGCGGGGCCGCCAGACCUUCUCGGCUCUCUCCGGGCGAAUCCGCCUCUCGGUUUUCAAAGAUGGCAUUUCCUGGGCCUGGCACGAACUCCAGCGCCAAUAAAUCCUCCCUGUUCCGCGGGCGAUAUGGAAUGAUUUAUCAGCUUAUUCAACGAUAGUUAUGACCUCCCGAUUACGUGCGUUGGGUGGAAGAAUUAAUAACAUACGCACCUCAGAAUUACCCAAAGAGAAAACUCGAUCGGAAGUCGUCUGCAGCAUCCGCUUUUUAGAUGGCUUGGUACAGACUUUUAAAGUUAAUAAGCAAGAUACCGGUCAAGUUCUUCUGGAUAUGGCAUACAACCAUCUGGGCGUAACCGAAAAGGAAUAUUUUGGUUUGCAGCAUGGCGAUGAAUCCGUGGACUCUUCCAGAUGGCUGGAGUCAAACAAGCCCAUCAGGAAGCAGUUGAAAGGAGGUUUCCCCUGUACCCUGCAUUUUCGAGUAAGAUUUUUUAUACCUGAUCCCAACACACUGCAGCAAGAACAAACCAGGCAUUUGUAUUUCUUACAACUGAAGACGGAUAUUUGUGAAGGAAGGUUGACCUGCCCUCUUAGCUCAGCAGUGGUUCUAGCAUCCUAUGCGGUACAAUCUCAUUUUGGAGACUAUGAUUCUUCCAUUCAUCACCGGGGCUAUCUUUCUGAUAGCCAGUUUAUACCAGAUCAGAGCGAUGACUUUUUAACAAAGGUGGAAUCUCUGCAUGAACAACACAGUGGGCUGAAGCAGUCAGAAGCCGAGUCUUGCUUUAUCAACAUAGCACGGACCCUCGACUUCUAUGGAGUGGAACUGCACAGUGGGAGGGAUCUGCACAAUUUAGAUUUAAUGAUUGGAAUUGCUUCUGCGGGCAUCGCUGUGUACCGAAAAUACAUUUGCACAAGUUUCUAUCCUUGGGUGAACAUUCUAAAAAUUUCUUUCAAAAGGAAAAGGUUCUUUAUACAUCAGCGACAGAAACAGACUGAAUCCAGGGAACAUAUUGUGGCCUUCAACAUGUUAAAUUACCGAUCUUGCAAAAACUUGUGGAAAUCCUGUGUCGAGCACCAUACAUUCUUUCAGGCAAAGAAGCUACUACCUCAGGAAAAGAAUGUUCUGUCUCAGUACUGGACGCUGGGCUCUAGGAACCCCAAAAAGUCUGUAAAUAACCAGUAUUGCAAAAAGGUGAUUGGAGGGAUGGUCUGGAACCCAGCCAUGCGGAGAUCCUUAUCAGUGGAGCAUUUAGAAACCAAGAGUCUGCCUUCCCGGUCCCCUCCUAUUACUCCCAACUGGCGAAGUCCUCGGCUCCGGCACGAAAUCCGAAAGCCACGGCACUCUUCCGCGGAUAACCUCGCCAACGAAAUGACAUACAUUACCGAAACCGAGGAUGUGUUUUAUACCUACAAGGGCUCCCUCUCCCCAAAAGACAGCGAUUCCGAGGUUUCUCAGAACCAAAGCCCACACCGAGAGAGUAUAUCGGAGAACAACCCAGCACAAAGCUGCCUGACCCGGAAGUCAUCCAGCUCUGUGUCUCCAUCUUCAAAUGCCCCAGGCUCCUGCUCCCCAGAUGGCCUCGAUCAACAACUCUUAGAGGACUUCCACAGGGUGACCAAAGGGGGCUCCACCGAGGACUCCAGCCAGUACUACUGUGACAAGAACGAUAAUGGUGACGGCUACUUAAUCUUGAUCCGUAUCACACCAGAUGAAGAUGGAAAAUUCGGAUUUAAUCUAAAGGGAGGAGUGGAUCAAAAGAUGCCUCUUGUGGUAUCGAGGAUAAACCCAGAGUCGCCUGCGGACACCUGCAUUCCUAAGCUGAACGAAGGGGAUCAAAUUGUGUUAAUCAAUGGCCGGGACAUCUCAGAACACACCCAUGACCAAGUGGUGAUGUUCAUCAAAGCCAGCCGGGAGUCCCACACGCGGGAGCUGGCGCUGGUGAUCAGAAGGAAAGCUGUCCACUCAUUUGCUGAUAUCAAAUCUGAAGAUGAACUGAACCAGCUUUUCCCAGAGGCCAUUUUCCCUGUGUGUCCAGAGGGUGGGGACACCCUGGAGGGAUCUAUGGAACAGCUCAAGAAGGGCCUUGAAAGUGGGACGGUGCUGAUCCAGUUCGAGCAACUGUACAGAAAGAAGCCCAGCUUGGCCAUCACGUUUGCAAAGCUGCCUCAAAAUUUGGACAAAAACCGAUAUAAAGAUGUGCUGCCUUAUGACACCACCCGGGUAUCAUUGCAGGGAAAUGAAGAUUAUAUUAACGCGAGUUACGUGAAUAUGGAAAUUCCUGCUGCUAACCUCGUGAACAAAUACAUUGCCACUCAGGGUCCCCUGCCACACACCUGUGCCCAAUUUUGGCAAGUCGUCUGGGAUCAGAAAUUAUCACUCAUUGUCAUGUUGACGACUCUCACAGAGCGAGGGCGGACCAAAUGUCACCAGUACUGGCCCGAUCCCCCCGAUGUGGUGGAACACGGCAGCUUUCACAUCCGCUGUCAGUCAGAGGAUUGCACCAUCGCUUACGUGUUCCGGGAAAUGCUGGUCACCAACACUGAAACCGGGGAAGAGCACACCGUGGCACAUCUCCAGUACGUCGCGUGGCCUGACCAUGGCGUGCCUGAUGACUCUUCGGACUUCCUGGAAUUUGUAAACAGUGUGAGGUCCCUGAGAGCGGAUGCUGAACCCGUGCUAGUUCACUGCAGCGCUGGAAUAGGCCGAACAGGCGUCUUGGUCACCAUGGAGACAGCCAUGUGCCUAAUUGAGAGAAACCUGCCCGUUUACCCACUGGAUAUCGUCCGGAAAAUGCGAGACCAGCGCGCCAUGAUGGUGCAGACAUCAAGCCAGUACAAGUUUGUGUGUGAAGCGAUUCUUCGUGUUUAUGAAGAAGGCUUAGUCCAAAUGCUGGAUCCCAGUUAAGACAACUGUGAAAACGUUCAUUCCUCUUUCCCAAGGGCAUCCUCCUUAAGGACAGACCUUCUCUCUGGAAGCAGCAAGAGGAAUCUGUAGACUGUGGCGCGGGAGAGGAAUGGGCACAUUUGAACCCAGGCACUUUAAAUUUCUAUCAGAAAGGUCUCGUGUACAUAGGAACUGUGUAGAUAUGCAUGCAGGGGUAGCGCCGUUUAGGCCCAUUAUUCCUCUUGGGAGAAAUGAGCAGAAGGGGGUCUCAGCUGGGGGCCUGUGCUAAUGCCUUCCUCCCUCGGCGUCGCCGUGAUCCUGGAAACCAUCAUUGGGCAAUUGAGAAGGGGGCUCCUGCAGCACUGUUGACUUCCACAAACAAGAAGGUGUGGCAAUUUCGAGUUGCUUGGAUAUUUUGUAUGUAUAUGUGUGUAGGACUCGAAGGGCCGAGCUUUCUGUGCUAGUAAGCCAAGCUGGAACAGUUUGCGUUGGCCCGCCCAGAUGCGAGGGAAGCCCCAGUGAAUGUGCUGAACGGCAGGGGGAGAGGGUUCUAAGGCUGAAGGAUGAGAAGUACCUUUUCUGCCCUCCCUCCCUUUGUCCCAUCUCCCUGUCACUUCUGAUAUUCGCGUUUCUGAGAAUCGCGUCCAAAAUGCCCCGCUCUCUGCCUGCAUCAGUGACCCUCUUCAGGCUCACAGGCAGCGCCUGAACCGGAUCGGAAAUGUAGGUUCGGGUGAAUUUUCAGCUGAGACUCUGAGAACGAGGACUUGGGGUAUGGUCUUGCUUGUUGUCUGUGCGUUCGUUGUAGGAGCGGGUGCUGCUCGCCUCUCAGCGCACACUCAGCCCCCAAGGCUGGAAGCGCCAACUACUGAACCUUCCAUGUGGAUUGCUGCUACUUCAAGCUACUACACUUGAAACAUUACGUCCAGAGGGAAGAUGGGAUCUCAUCUAAAUAUUCGGAAUCUUUGGCCCUUCUGAGGAGAGAUCUUCUGGUCGUUGAACCAUGGGAAACCCAGCUUGUCUAGGGUUGUCUGUGGAUGCGUGUAUAUGUGUGCGUGUGCCCGUGGGUGAGUGUUUCUCAGGAUCCCUGACGAUUCAAAUUACAGUGGAUUUUAUAUAAAGAAGGAGUCUCUGUAUAGAAGAACAAAUGUGCGCAUUCACCCUCAGUUACAAUGGUCUCCGUUUCAUUUCAAAGGAGAGAGGAUCAGACUAUCUGAGUAUAAACACAAUUUGAUGUUAAUUUAUUCUAAAUACACCAUGAUUUUGAUUGUCCUAAAGAAUUCUGCCUUUGUUAAUACUGUGUUCAAUAUAAAAAAAAAAUUGUGACAGGAUUGUAGCAAAUUAUUAUUUAAGGAAAAUAAAUUACGUAAACAUUUUAAUGUGGUAUGUUUAAAUAGCAGUUUAUAUGUAUCCAGAGGAGGAAGCUAAGCCAGUUGCUUAACGGGAUUUAUAGAAAAAGGAUGCGUUUGUAUUAUAGUGCACAGAAGUGAAGCCGUUUUAACGUUUAGCAUACUCUGGACCAAUUAAGUAGUUUCAUGGUUGUAAGAGGGAUAAGACCUAUACAGUCUUUAUCUAGGUUUCUAAAGGUUCUUUAUCUCUACACCUAGCAUAUUUACUGCAUACUUCCCAUCUUUUUCCCCCACCCAUAUUUUACUACCAAGUGACAGGGCUGGGAGGGAGGUGUUACAGAGUGCUGCAACCCCAUACUAUGAAACAGGUAAUCAAUCACCUGAGCCCCAUCCUUGUCGACAUAUUUCCAGGCUAGCAGAAGGAAGCAGGAGAGUAGAGCUAAGCAACAGGAAACUUGGCUCCUGGUCCCACUCAUCAAUAACCAUCCCUAGGCCCCGUCACUUAGGAGCACCGUCUCUAUUUGCUCAUCUGUGAAAUAGGAGAACUAAUACUGAGGACUUGAAGUUGAAUAUGAGGAUUGACUAAAAUCAGGCUAUCGAUGUGAGUUUUCAUCAGCUGGAACCUGACGCAGCUAUGGAUGAAUUACUUCAAGUUAUCAGUAAUUAGUCUCAAAACCCACAAAAGAAUCAUAUGGGUUUUUAUAAGAGAAAGUUGCUUUUCUUCUAGGGACAACAGAAGCACAAAGGAAUAUCAUUCCAGUACCUUUGUUCAGUUCUGGACUCAGAAAAAUUCUGUCAGCAAAGUAAAAAAAAAAAAAAAAAAAAGGAGGGGGAAUGUGGGAAAGCCGAUGUGAAUUUAAACGCCAUCAGGGUAUUUAGCAAACAAUGCCAUUUAAUAAAAAUGUAUCCUCGCCCUGUCUGCAAAAAGCUUGAGUGAGAAGUCUAAACGUGUUUGCAGAUUUGUGUUUUAUUGCUUAUUUUUUAAAUUGUCUAAUAUGGUUGCAGAAAUGCUGGCAUUAUUGUCACAUAAAUUUCUAAGAGGCUUAUCAAAGGUGACUAGCCUUUUUCUGCCCCUGUGAAGGCUACGAGUUCAGACACAGCAGAUGUUACUAGAAACAAAAUCCACGAAAUACUGGGGAUGAACAAGACGAGAGAAUGGGCAAAAUAUGCAAGUAAAUACUGUAGAUACUGCCAAUUCUGUAGUCAAGAUUUCUGCUUCACCACCUAUACACUUCAGCAAUUAUACUUAAAGAGCUUUUUUUUUUAGUUGUAAGUGAAGAACAUCAUAUUCAGGAUCAAUAUUUUGCCUGGGAAAUUUGGCUGGGUGUGAAUGGAGAAGACAUUUGCAUCCUGCAUUCUGGCGCUCUCCAGAAGAUCUAAUUAGACACAUCAAUAUACUGACUUCAUCAAGAUGGGAGAGUCCCUCCUGAUGUCACCCUAUUGUGCAUGCACUUGGUGUUUUUGACUUCCCAGAAAAAAAAUAUUCAACUCCAUUUGGUUGGGGGUGGGGGAGUAUGGAUCACAAACUUGUGCUGGUCUUUAAUUCCUACCACAGUAAUUUAUGCUUAAAUAUGCUUUUAGAUUAGUGAAGAUGGUAUUGCUGCUAUGUUGCUACUCAACUUUUUUUGUUGCUCGGAAGUUAUUGGAGCACAAGCAACAGGCCUCUUCAUCCUCCAGAGGCAACAAAGGCAGCAGCAAUGGGGAAGGUCGUAAGAGGCAGGUUUGGGGUUCAGACCUAAACUUAGGCAAGAUGGGCUGCCCUCAGCCCACAGUUUUCUUACAUAUAAAAUGGGAAGUUUGGGCUGAACUAGAUGAGUUCUUCAGUCCUUUCAGUGUUUGCCAUUCUAGGAGUCUGUGUUCCAGAGAUUUGAAAUUCAUCCUAAAUCAAAGCUGUAUAGCUACCAGAGAGAGAAGUAUCACAUUUCUGUGACUUGUCCCCAAGAGAUUGUCCCUCAGACCUUGACGCUGUUGAAUACUAAGACAAGGAUUGUCAUCUCUGGUUCUUGCCAUCCUUGCCAUCUCCUAAGCCGAGAACAGAUUCAGUAAAGAGGACAGAAACUCUGACCUCAGCCUGGAGAACCGAACAUGUGGGAUUCUCAUGGCUGGACUGUCUGCCAUCUUUAUAACUCACAUUCUAUUUGGAGCAAUAAAAGAAUUUGUGUUAAUGUAGUUUUGGAAAGUAUCUUAAUUGAUCAGCAACAUUUUUUCUGUAAAUUUGAAAUGGUUUUCAUUCUGCUAGUGACAACUGAAAACAAUUUGAUAAAUAUAAAAACAUUCAAGCUAUGCAA